AUGAAGAGAAGAUAAUUCAGUUAGGGUGAUAUAUAUCUUUCUUUCGCUCACAUUAUAUACGAAUAUUCAAAAUUUCUCACUUGCUUUAGUUUUUAACAGGAUUAAAAUUUCAAUAUUUCAUUUUAAAUUACAAAAUCUCAAUCAAAAUAUCAUAAAUGUUCAAAGAACGUCUAACUUGAAUUGGAGCAACAAGAAGAGCCAAAAUUAUUAAAUUAAGUAAAUUAGGAAUGUAAAUAGAAAGAAUAAUGAAAUGAAACAAGCGAAAUAAAGCAAGGAAUAGAACUCAACAUUGUCGAAUGUUUAUAAUGAAACCUAGUAAUCUUAGAUUUUUCAGAUGUCUUGUUAAUUGGAUGAGUUGGAAUAUGCUAGGUGA